AGCCAGGCUGUAGGAUCCUUGGGUCUGCUUGUUUGGCUGUGACUGACCCGGCGUCAUUCCUCUCUUUCAUCUCUCUUUCUCUCUCUCUCUCAUAUUCUCUCUCUUUCCCACUCUCUCUUACUCUCUCUCUCUCUCUCUCUCUCUUUCCCACAUUUUCCAUACAAUCCGUAUCAUCUCGUGUCAUCUCGAAACAUCCGAUUCGACUUCGACUCGACUUAACAUCUCGGCUAUCGACCUAUGGCCGUCUAAUCCUCCCUCGCCCCUAUAUCGCCUUCCAUCUCCCCUCCUCCAUGCCCAUGCAUCACUUGCAGUGCCAUGGCCCUUUUCCACCUUUCUCUAUGCUACCAGAAAGCCCCAUCGUCUCUUCGUCGCCGACCUCCUCGUGUGCCUCUGUAGCCCAGCAACCACAACCACAACAGCAAUCCCAACCCCCCCGAAGAAACCUCAAACGUCGAGCCUCACAAGGCUCCAUCCUCACAAAACCCUCCUCCGUCUCCCGCUUCCUCUCCCGGACUUCCGGGCCCGGUUCUCGAACCCUCUCCGUCGAUUCACAAAUCCGUCUCUCCGCCGCUCCCUCUACACCUUCGUCGUCUCCUCCUUCGCCGAAUUUUUCCCCCGGUAUCUGGAAAGGGGAAUAUCCAUCUGCUCUCCCGCCGACGCCUCCGGACGAACACGAUUGCCACGUGGAGUGGGAUCCCAAGACCGGGAUGCUUUUGCUCGAGCCGCAGAUUAAUCAGGUUCAAGGGCCGGGCUUGGACCAGCCUUUGGAUCAAGGUCCGAAUGUGAACGUGAAUAUCAAUAUGAAUAUGAAUAUGGAGAAUGCUGGUCGCCCGCCUCUUACGGUUGAUGGGUUGAGUAGUCCGUCGGAUCAGUUGUCUAGUGCGGCGGCUAGCCCGGGGUCGACGGAGAUGGAUGUUGAUUAUCAUACAUGGUUGGAGAAUGGGAUUGAUGCUGCGAUAUCGGAACUUCCGUUUCUAAACGGACGCGGGGAAGCAGUCAAGAUUGUAUCCCAGACGCUUCCAUAUCCUCGUGCUUCGGAUAAAUCGGUUACUCUUCCUACUCAUGACAGCGUGUUCUCUGCCAUGGUACAGGCUGUUCAGAAUCAUAUGCAACAAGGUCAAUCUCCUUAUAUUAACAUUACCCAUGCCGUUCCGGAGCAGUUCAGUCUCUCCAACCUUCCCACUUCUCCACCAAGUACCCCGCUAUCUGCCGGCGAGGAUUACUUCAACUCCACCAUUUUUUCUAAUGCGGCCGUGGUGUCGACGUACCAUGACUUCCGGGGCCCUGUUCUUGGGAUACAGGAAUCGCACUGGCCCAUGCCCGUGGUACCCCCGCACACGGUCCAACUUUCUGUUCUAGAGCGGUAUCUCCCUCCGUCAUCCUCUCAAGAGCAUAAAGAUCUCUUCUCCUCCAGCCGUCCGUCGUACUUGGUCGACCGGAUUUGUGAGCUUUCUCCGAACGGUGGUUCGCUACUGUUCAUCUAUCCCACCAAGCGAGGUGGUUCUACUUUCAAGUCGCAGUAUCUGGGUCCAAUUCUUGAUCCCCUAUUGCGACAGCUAGUGGUGGUAAACGAGCUAUCAGCCGAUGUCUCCCGUUCCCUAGGCCGACUGGCCUCUGUCUCGCAAAUGGACGACUUUGAAACAAUGAAGUCAAACCUAUCCCAACUAUGCGAGGACCUGAGUGCACAGUCCGCGAACUUCAGUGUUGUCGACGCACGCAAGGGUAACGCUCAUUUGGACCGCAAUCUCUGGACAGAAUGGUACAUUCACCAAGAGAAAGCCCGCAUGAAGGAAGUGCUCAGCUUGUACUGGCAGAACGGCCGUCGACUGCCUGUCAACAAGACUAGCACGUCUUCGAAUAUGUUCUUGGCCGAUAAGGAAGUUACUUCGGCUAUGCUUCUGGGUGAUAUUCUCGAUGGUAUUCGCAGACGGCCUUAUGGUGAGGAGAAUGAGCAUCAGGAUGGGGUUGAACUUGGGGUUUUUGUGAUUCGGAGAUCACAGUGAUUCUUUUCCUCUCUCUCUCACUUUUCUUUUGCAUCUUUCGAUUUAAUUUCUUGAUGAUUUUCUAUUGCUUUAUACGGUACGAACAUGACGGCGCACGGAGGAUCGGAUCGAAGUUUCACUGGUGGCUGGACCCUGGAACGAAUUUGAUUGAUUCGGCAUUUUUCUUUUUGCUUCUGCUUCUGCGUCUGCGUCUGCGUCUGCGUCUGCGUUUUGGACAUGAAUACCCUUUUUCUUGUGUUAUGGUGUCACGGGUGUUUGGAAUGGUUUUCUUUUUCAGGUGUAUACAACGGGUCGGAUUUGACUGGACAGCUACGGACAGGUUUAUUGAUCUGGUAUGGAUAUGUAUGAUAAGAUUGAUGAUACUGAUACUACAGACUACUACUACUACUACAGACUUAUUGUAUGAUUGCUAUUCAAUGACAG